AAGGAUAAUGACUGUUAAAUAUAGUUAUUGUUACGUCACUAGUACUUAAACCACUUACAAGUUGGUUGCUACUUUGGAAGCAAAUGUAUUAAUAAAACACAUGACACGUUAAUUUUUUAAACAAGAGAAACUGAAUUGUUCCUUUCUUCAUCUCUCCUUAUUGUUGGAUCACAUGUGACUCACGAAGCAAAGACAUGUCAAGAACAUAUGCGGCUUCGAUUCUGAUGGUGUUCGUUGCUUUCACUAGUGUUUUGAUAGAAUCUGAACCUCAUGCAACUACUAAAACAGAGCCUAAAAAGGAGAAAGCACACAGCGAUCAACACGAAGAAUCACAAAACACUAUCAGAAAUAGUUAUUAUCACAAACCCGGAGGUUCGUUCUUCUUUACCAAUGUCGGACCAAACAGUUUUGAGUAUCGUGGAAUGUUUCAGCCCGGAGAAAGUCCAGUGAAUUUUAUUAGCAAUUUUACGUCUUUCUUUAACGAUUUCCCAGAGUUUUCAAAGCUAUCUAGUUUUGAAGAUCUCUUUAGCAGAAAAAAACAACUGUCACCUACCACACCCAUUUCACCCAAAAGAACGCCUAGUCAGUACAAGUUUAACCCUUCAUUACCUACGAUCCGCCCACGUGUUAUGACAAACGACGUCCUCCGAUUUCCGAAUAGCAAUGUACGAUAUCUGAAAAAUAGUCCCAUAUUGAAAGUAAAUAUACAUGAAUAUAAAAACAACAGAAAAUCAAUGCAGAAAUUUAAUAAAUCUAGCUAUCAGGAAAGUAAAAAAUUCAGAAAGGAACUCCAACGACAAGGGCCACAAUCUCCUUACAAUCUCCCCGAAGAGCCUACAUAUAAGAUUCAAAGAAACAAAACUACUACUCCCCCACCAAGUUUAUAUAAUUUUGAAAUUUUAAAAUCAAAGGCUUUAUAUGCAGCUAGGCCACUGCCAGACAACGCUCUUCGUCGAAAAGGAUUUUUUCCGAAAUCUACAAGUGAAGUGUAUUUUCCAAACUAUGACAUUUUAAGAGGCAAGGCACGAGUUAAAAAGUAUCCGAAAAUCUUCAAAUUUAAUGACUACCGAGUAAACAUUGUGGAAUUUGAUCGAGAAAAGAAAAACGGAAAAAUUGACGAUUUGGCCAAAGCAGACGCUUUAGACCCUACUAAUGUUCCUCGCAAAACAUUUUUAAUUCUUCGCGGUGGUGUAUAUGAUGACGACCGUGUUGCUCGAAGACGCAUCAGUGUUAAUAGAACUCCUUUCAAGUCUGAACAACAGGAUUUCUAUGAUGUCUUUGCCGAUGACAACGAAUUCUCAAAUGAUGACUCAUUUUUCUAUAAUUUCUGGUGAUAGGAAGUGUUUUGACCCCAACCAUUAAUUUCCGGUAUUUGAACUACAAACAUAAUUCGUUAUUGAUAAUGUUAAAAUGAUUGAUAAAUAAAAACUGACAAACAAACUAUUAAAGCAGAUAUUUAAAACAAUGUGUUUUCGGUUCAUAAAAAAACAAAACGAAACAGAGGUUUUUGAUAUACUUAAAGUGACUUGCAAUUAGUAACAAAAAUAACUCUCAUUGAUAUUAUGUGUUGAACGAGAAUAUUGUAAAAAAUACUAGUAGAGACCCACAAAACAUUUGCGGUCAAAUUAGUAUCCUUUUUUGCAACACUACUUUUUUAAAAUACACGAUUUCUAGAAUAAUACAAAAGACUUGUAAUCGCAGUCACCGAAAUCUAUAAGCCCACUUGUCGUAGGCGUAACAUUAGUUAAGUCUUUAUUAAGUACGGCCGAUAUUCGAUAAAUAGAUCAAUUAACUCUGUAACU